AUGUGGAGCCCAGUCGCGGUGCUCCAGUGCAGCGGCGAGGAACAGGCGGCGACGGUGACGUGCGUGGCAUGGGCUCCUCCCGCCUUAUACACGGCUGCCCUCGUCACGUGCACUGAGGCGACCAAUGAGGUGGCUCUCUGGUGUGACGUGGGCAACGACGCACAGUAUCGCAAAAUCUACGUCUACACCUUGGCCACACCGGGCUGGUGUGUUGCAUGGGCCCCGCACGAGUACGGGAAGCUGUUUGCCGUCGGCUGCGCGGAUGGGGCGGUGGUCGUCUUUACCGGUGGCCCAGACGGCUCGUGGGACAUCCACUCCUUCGAGAGCCACCCGCACGGUUGCAGCGGCCUCUCCUUCGCUCCGUUUUUUCCGCCGGGAGCGCUGCUCAUGGCGCCUCUGGAGGAAGACGUUGGUAAUGUUCCGGGCAAUGCGCCGCCGAUACCGCUCGCACCACCCCGUAUGGUCACAUGCGGUGGUGGCCGGUUCGUGAAGCUCUGGACGCACUCGUUCGCGCCUCGACCCGGCGAAGAAGGCAGCAGCGUAGCGCUGGGAUCUGUGUGGACGCCCAUAGAGCUGGAGGCGGCCGAGGCGUCGAGCACCCCAGCUUGGCGGGAGGUGGGUUGGGCACCGAAUCUGGGCCUGCCGUUUACGUACAUUGCAGCCGGUUCAGAGGACGGACUGGUGGCAGUCUGGGUGCAGGAUGGACCCGCCUCGAACCCGUGGCAGUGCCGCCUUCUGCCCCCGCCCCACGGCACUCCAGGCGAGAAUGUGACGAAGCUCUCGUGGUCUUUGGUAGGUACGUUCCUCUUGGUGUCCUACGCUGAUGGCACGGUGGCGAUGUGGAAGGAGACGAGUAAUCAUGGAGCGUGGCGCGUGGUGAGUGAGUUGGAGAACCCGACCCUGUGA